AUUAAAAUUGGCCCUAAGCAUUUCUCGAGGAUUGAACUAAACUUGGACUGUGAAAUUAGUUGCUAGUCAGGAAUCUGGUAAAAAAACAAUUGAUUAUGACUAUCUGCAGCAACAGGGCAAAAUCAAAUGUGAAACUUCCUCAACUACCACUGACUAGUCUAUCCCCCGCAGAUUAAAAAAAUAAUUUCAAAAAUAAAAAAGAAAUCUAGUUGUUAGCCAAAAUAGGAAAAUACCAAGAGAAUUUAAUAGCCUAGACUGUGUUGGCAGAUAUUUAUAACAGCCACGACCACCUCUUCAUCCUACCUGUUAUCUGCAUUCUUUGCUUCAGCCCCCAGGCGAAAGAAUGAUUUUCUUGACCACCCUCUCUUCAUCCUUCCAUUUUCCAUUUUAACAUAUUGAAAUUGAAGAUCCAAAUUUGAGAAAUCUUGUUAGUUAGAGAAAUAUGAGGGGUAAAUCUUCGUUGUCAAUGUCUAAAAAUGGUGGAGUAGAAACUGAGAGGCUUGAGACACUGAAUGAGCCCCAUUUGUCAGGUGCUUACAUUCGAAAUCUUGUUAAACAGUUAUCAUCCUCUUCCUCUUCACGAACCAAAGAAUCAUCCAGUUCCAGCUUAGAGGGAGAUGGAGAUGGGAAUUCGAGCAACGGAAGCUUGUUUGGAAAUAGUUGUGAUGGCUUUUCUGAUCAGAAACGAGAAAAAUCCCCUCCGCCGCCUCAACCACACAAAAAGAAAGUAAGGAGACGGCUGCAUACCAGCAGACCUUAUCAAGAAAGGCUGCUAAAUAUGGCUGAAGCGCGGCGAGAAAUCGUCACUGCCCUUAAGUUUCAUAGAGCAUCUAUGAAAAAAGCCAGUGAACAACAGCUGCUGCAGCAGAAAAUGGAAGUAAGGUCUGAAACUCCGCUCUUUGAGUCUUCAUCUCAUCAUUUUUCUUUAGAACAUGAAGACAAAUUGAAGUGCAGGAGAAAUCCAAGAGUUUAUGCUUCAAAUUCCUUAAUUCCUGAUAGAUUCCCAGGUAGUUAUCUUGAUAAUUUCUCCCAUCCACCGAGAUUUUCUUCUCCUUAUUCUUGGUCCGUUUCUCCUAUUCCACCACCACCACUUGUCCAAGAGAAUUUCAACUUCACACUGCCCCAAACACUUGGCCUCAAUCUUAAUCUUCAAGGAUUUAACAACUUGGACUCCACUUUCCACUGCAGUACAAAUCAUUCAUUAAUUUACUCAUCCUCAUCAACCUCUUCCUCUUCCCCUUCCCCUUCAGCCACCACCGAGGAGAUUCAAUGCAUGGAACCACCAGCUUCAGUGGCAGAGUUUGAAGAUUCUGGGUUGCAUCCAGUGAUGGAUGAUAAGGAGAUUGCUGAGAUCAGGUCAAUUGGGGACCAACACCAGAUGGAAUGGGAUGAUACUUUGAAUUUGGUGAAUUCAGCUUGGUGGUUCAAAUUCUUGAAGGAAAUGGAAAUCACACCUGAGAAUCAGAGCGUUCAGGAUUUCGUGAACUACCCAUUUGAUGAAGUCAUGGAGUUCCCAGCCUGGCUCAAUACGGCUGAGCAUGGCAAUGAUUUUUGCUCAGACAAUUACUUUGAAGAUCCUGCUUUGCCGUGCAUGGAUAUUGAAGAAAUUGAAGGGAUGGAUGGUGACUGGUUAGCCUCUGCCUGAGAAAGAUUGAUUGUUUGUUUUUUCGCAUAUUAAUCAAAUCGCCUGUAACCGUCCGUCUUCCUGCCGAUCACUUGAGCACCCCCGGAACCUAUAUUUUCUAUUUCUAAAUAUUGCGAAUAAGACUUUUCAGGCAACCGAAUUUUUGUUGAUUGAAGUUGUAUUAGUAUAUACGUAUUCUAUUUCCUGUAA